CGCCGGGGAGCAUAGUCGCCAGUCCAGCACGGAGACUCGCCUGGCCAAAGACUGCGCCGCACACUCGCCAGGAUUGCCAAACAUUCCUGAAAAAUAUACCUGCUAUUUAUGGCAUGUGGCUUGUAACUUUACUCCUGCUGUACUCUCUCCAGGAAGUACACAGUGAGGAUGUGGGCUCUACCAGGCUGUACUUUGUGAACGCGUCCCUCCAGAGGCUGACCUACUCCAGCUCAGUGGGGGUGUCUCUGCCCUGUCCGGCGGGCGGCACCCCCACCGCCAUCCUGCGCUGGUACCUGGCCACCGGCGAUGACAUCUACGACGUGCCCCACAUCCGUCAUGUCCAUGCCAAUGGCACCCUCCAACUCUACCCCUUCUCUCCCUCCGCCUUCAACUCCUACAUCCACGACAACGACUACUUCUGCACCGCAGAGAACCAGGCUGGCAAGAUCCGCAGCCCGAACAUCAGAGUCAAAGCUGUGUUCAGGGAGCCGUACACGGUGCGUGUGGCAGACCAGCGCUCCAUGCGGGGCAACGUGGCCGUGUUCAAGUGCCUCAUUCCCACCGCCGUGCAGGAGUACGUCAGCGUGGUGUCCUGGGAGAGAGACACCGUUUCCAUCAUCCCAGCUAACAGGUUCUUCCUGACAUCCUUUGGUGCUCUGUACAUCUCAGAUGUCCAGAAAGAGGAUGCCCUCUCCACCUACCGCUGCAUCACCAAGCACAAAUACAGUGGAGAGACACGCCAGAGCAAUGGAGCCAGGCUGUCUGUCAUGGACCCCACAGAGUCGUCUCCCUCUAUCCUGGACAGUUUCCUAGCGGGGGAGGUGCGGGCGGGUCUGAGUGUGGAGCUUCCCUGCAUUGCAGCAGGGUACCCCAGCCCCACAGUGCGCUGGCUGAAGGACGGCCGCCCACUGCCUUCCGAUGCCCACUGGACGCGGCGCCUCACGGGUCUGACCAUCAGUGACCUCAGGCAGGAGGACAGCGGCAGCUAUGUCUGUGAGGUCACCAACAGCUUCGGCUCCAAGGAGGUGUCCGGAGCACUUUAUGUCAUAGACCCCCUGCGAGUGACCCUUUCUCCCAAGAGUCUAAAGACGGGCAUCAGCAGUACCCUGUUCUUUACCUGUGCUGUGGAGGGUUCUCCAGAGUACACAGUGGCCUGGUACAGGAACACAGACCCCAUAAUCCCAGAUCAGCACAUCUCUAUCCAGGGCCCCCACAACGACACACUGCAGAUCACAGCGGCUCAGAAGAGCCAUUCUGGGGCUUACCAGUGCUUCGCCUCCCGCAAGGGCCACACUGCCCAGGACUUCUCUAUCAUACUGCUGGAGGAUGGUACUCCUCGUAUCGUGUCGUCCUUCAGUGAGCGCGUGGUCGCCCCCGGGGAGCCUUUCUCCCUGAUGUGUGGCGCCAAAGGAGCCCCACCCCCUUCCAUCACCUGGACGCUGGACGAUGAGCCUGUGGUGCGAGACUCCGCCUACAAGACAAGCCAGUACACCCUAUCAGACGGCCUGACCGUGUCACAUGUCAACGUCAGCAGCCCGGCCAUCCGCGACGGGGGAGUGUAUCGCUGCGCCGCACGCAACUCGGCCGGUAGCGCCGAGUACCAAGCGCGCAUAAACGUAAGAGGUUCUCCUAGGAUCAGGGAGAUGCGUGACAUCACGGCUGUAGCUGGAAGGAACACCUUUAUAACCUGUCGUGUGAUUGGUUACCCAUACUACUCUAUCAAGUGGUUUAAGGACGGCAUGCUGCUGCCUGACAACCAUCGGCAGGUUGUGUAUGAGAAUGGAACCCUGAGGCUGAGUGAUGUGCAGAAGGGCAUGGACGAGGGUACCUACCUGUGUAGUGUGCUCAUACAGCCACAGACCUCCAUCGACCAGACUGUCCACGUCACUGUGAAAGUGCCGCCCCUGAUCCAGCCCUUUGACAUCCCUUCCACGUCGGUGGGAAAGCUGAUGUACAUCGCCUGCGUGGUGUCGUCAGGUGACAUGCCUAUCCGCAUCACCUGGCACAAAGAUGGGCAGCUUAUCGUGCCUGGCUCCGCCUCCGGCGUUGGCAUAGAGACCAAGGAGUUCAUGAGCUCCCUGCAGAUCUCCAAGGUGACCCUGAAGCACAACGGCAACUACACCUGCAUUGCUAGCAACGCCGCGGCAACCGUCAGCUGGGAGAGACAACUGAUCGUCACCGUUCCCCCUCGCUUUGUGGUACAGCCUAACAACCAGGAUGGGAUCUAUGGGAAGGCAGGAGUACUCAACUGCUCUGUGGAGGGAUACCCUCCUCCCAAAGUCAUGUGGAAACAUGCCAAAGGUAUAGGGAACCCCCAGCAGUACCACCCUGUGCCUCUGACUGGUCGGAUCCAGAUCAUGGGGAACGGCUCCCUGCUGAUCCGUCAUGUCCUGGAGGAUGACCGGGGAUACUACCUCUGUCAGGCCUCCAACGGAGUGGGCUCUGACAUCAGCAAGAGCAUGGUUCUUACUGUCAAGAUUCCAGCCAUGAUCACGUCACACCCCAACACCACUAUGGCCAUCAAGGGCCAGGUGAAGGAGCUGAACUGCACAGCGCGGGGAGAGCAGCCCAUCAUCAUCCGCUGGGAGAGGGGCGACACCGUCAUCGACGCCGAGAGGAACCCCCGCUACUCCAUCACCAUCAACAAGAAAGGGGACGAGGUCAUCUCCACGCUCAAGCUGAAGCCAGCAGAGCGCGGGGACUCAGUCUUCUUCUCCUGCCACGCCAUCAACUCAUAUGGAGAGGGGCGAGGACUCAUCCAGCUUACCGUGCAAGAGCCUCCUGACCCUCCUGAGUUGGAGGUGAGAGAGGUGAAGGACCGCAGUAUGAACCUGCGCUGGAUCCAGAGGUUCGACGGCAACAGCAUCAUCACCAGCUACGACAUUGAGUAUAAGAACAAGUCUGAUACUUGGGAUCACAAGUACACCACCAGGAACAUCUCCCCCACUAACAACCAGGCUAACAUCGUGGAGCUGCACCCUGCCUGUGUCUACAGCAUCCGCAUGUACUCCUUCAACAAGAUCGGACGCAGCCAGCCUAGCAAGGAGCUCACCAUCAGCACUGAGGAAGCACAACCUGAUGGGCCCCCUAUGGACGUGAUCCUCCAUCCAAUGACGUCGCAGAGCAUACGGGUCACAUGGAGGGCCCCCAGGAAGGAGCUUCAGAACGGGGUGAUCCGGGGCUACCAGAUUGGUUACCGUGAGAACGGGCCGGGCAGUAACGGCCAGUACAGCAUUGUGGAGAUGAAGGCCACAGGGGACAGCGAGGUGUACACUCUGGACAACUUGAAGAAGUUUGCCCAGUAUGGAGUGGUGGUCCAGGCCUUCAACAGGGCUGGUACUGGCCCCUCUAGCAGUGAGAUCAACGCUACCACACUGGAGGAUGUGCCCAGCCAGCCACCCCAGAACGUGCGGGCCAUCUCAGUGACGUCAGACGAGGCGGUGAUCACAUGGGCGGAGCCCCCGCGUCUGACGCUGCAUGGCGUGCUGAAGGGCUACCGCGUGGUGUUCUGGUCCCUCUUCCCUGACGGAGGUGGGUGCUGUGGGGGCCAGGCACAGGGGCCGAUGCAGAAAUGGGGAGAGAUGCAGAACAUCACUACAACUCGUGAGCAGGUGGAGCUGAGAGGGCUGGAGAAGUUCACUAACUACAGUGUCCAGGUGCUGGCCUACACACAGGCUGGGGACGGGGUCAGGAGCAAUGUCCUGUACAUCCAAACCCGCGAGGACCUCCCAGGUCCUCCAGCUGGUAUCAAAGCUGUGCCCUCAUCUCCCAGCAGUGUGGUCGUGUCCUGGCUACCCCCCCAUAAACCCAAUGGUGUCAUCCGCAAGUACACCAUCUACUGCUCCAGCCCAGGCUCCGGACAGCCGGCUCCCAGUGAGUAUGAGACCAACCCAGAGAUGUUGUUCUACAGGAUCACCCAUCUGACCCGCGGUAAACAGUACCUCAUCUGGGCCGCCGCUGUGACAACCGCUGGCCGCGGCAACAUCAGCGAAAAGGUCACCGUGGAGCCUGCUGGGAAAGCCCCAGCUAAGAUCCUGUCGUUCGGGGGCACAGUGACCACUCCCUGGAUGAAGGAGAUCCGUUUGCCUUGCAGCUCAGUGGGAGAACCCACCCCCACCUUCAAAUGGACCAAAGACAGUGAGUACACGGCUAUUCCUGUGACUGUGGACGGACAGCGUCAGAUCCUGUCCAAUGGUACUCUAGUGCUACGGUCCGUCAAAGCUGAGGAUUCUGGGUACUACACGUGCACGGCCACCAACACGCUGGGCUUUGACACCAUCAUUGUCAACCUGCUGGUGCAAGUUCCUCCAGACCAGCCCCGUCUGACCGUCUCCACCACCUCUACCUCUUCCAUCACCCUGGCCUGGAUACCUGGGGACAACGGAGGCAGCUCCAUUAGAGGUUUUGUCCUGCAGUACUCGGUAGACAACACAGAGGAGUGGAGGGAUGUGUUCAUUACCUCCACUGAGCGUUCCUUCAGGCUGGACAACCUGCGCUGUGGCACCUGGUACAAGGUCAAACUGGCAGCCAAGAACAGUGUGGGUUCAGGACGCAUCUCUGAGAUCAUCGAGGCCAAGACGCACGGACGAGAGCCUGCGUUCAACAAGGAGCAGCCCCUGCUCACCCACAUCAACUCCACCCACGCGGGGCUCAACCUGCAGGGCUGGACCAGCGGAGGCUGCCCCAUCACCACUCUGCUGCUGGACUUCCGGCCCAAGGGCACGUGGGCCUGGCAGAGCCUGAAGGCCAAUGCCACAGCCCAGCUCUUCCUCAGCGAGCUGCGGGAGGCCACCUGGUACGAACUGAAGAUGAAGGCCUGCAACAGUGCCGGCUGUGGGAACCAGAGCUCCCAGUUCGCCACCACAGACUACGAUGGCAGUACCAUCCCUCCUAUAAACUCGGCCCAGGAGGACAGAGACGAUGUGAAGAAGCUGUUCUCCAUAGGCUCUCCUGUCAUCCUGGUCACCCUGGGCGUCGCCCUGCUCUUCAUCAUCCGCAAGAAACGCAAGGAGAAGAGACUGAAACGACUCAGAGAUGCUAAGAGCCUUGCAGAGAUGCUUAUCAGUAAGAACAACCGCAGCAUGGACACCCCAGUGAAGGGUCCUCCCCAGGGCCCCCGGCUCCACAUCGACAUACCCCGUGUCCAGCUGCUCAUUGAGGACAAGGAGGGGAUCAAACAGAUAGGUGAGGACAAGGCAGCGGCCCCAGUGACGGACAGCGAGUUCAGCCAAUCAGUGAAUCCACAGAGCUUCUGCACGGGCGUGUCUCUGCACCACCCCGCCCUCAUCCAGAACACAGGGCCAUUGAUUGACAUGUCAGACAUCCGCCCUGGAACCAACCCAGUGUCGAGGAAGAGUGUGAAGUCGGCCCACAGCUCCAGGAACCGUUACUCCAGCCAGUGGACCUUGAGCAGGCCGGGCCAGAGCCAAUCAACAGCCUCUGCAAGAACUCUGACCUCUGACUGGCGCACCAUGGGCUCUCACGGCAUCACCGCCACCGAGAGUGACAGCUACAGCGCCAGCCUGUCGCAGGACACUGAUAAGGGUCGUAACAGCAUGGUGUCCACAGAGAGUGCGUCGUCUACGUACGAGGAGCUGGCACGGGCCUACGAACACGCCAAACUGGAGGAGCACCUGCAGCAUGCCAAGAUCACUAUCACAGAAUGUUUCAUCUCCGACAGCUCCUCUGAUCAGAUGACCACUGGCACCAACGACCCGGCUGACAGCAUGACAUCACUCAGCACGCCGUCCGAAACAGGCCUCUGUCGCUUCACCGCCUCGCCACCCAAACCCCAAGAUUAUGACCGCGGCAGACCUACCAAUGUGGCCGUGCCCAUCCCCCACCGCGCCAACAAGAGUGAAUUCUGCAACCUCCCACUCUACAUGAAGACAGACCCUUUCUUCAGGAAACAGGCAGAACUGCAUGACCCGUGUCCUGCUGUACCGCCCCGGGAGGCCUCCAUCCGCAGCCUGGCACAGCGGGCGUACCACACCCAGGGCCGUCACAUGACUCUGGACCCGUCCAAGCAGCAGGCCCUGACGCUGGGAAACUCUGGGCUGGCCAGCCUGGGUGUGAGCUCAGGUACUGCCACCCUGCCCCAGAGGACUCUCACUAUGCCCAGCUCCAACCCUGCAGCCACAGCCUCCACCUCCAGCACCAGCAGUAAUCCCACUGGCUCCAGCACCAAGAUGGGGGGCUCCAGAGACUCACUGCUAGAGAACAGCUCCUCAGCGUUGGGUAGACUGCAGAAGCAAGGGGUCGGGGCCUACUCCAAGUCUUACACACUGGUGUAGCUACUAGCCCCCCUUCUCUCUCUCAAAGACUAUACACUCCUGUCUGGCCCGGCCCCACACCAGUGUUCUACACAUCAGGUCAGGGUGGGUAUGUAGUGCAGUGCAGUGCAGCAGGUGUCCCCAGCUAACAGCUAACUACUGUAACAGCUAAUUACCCAGUAGCGUGAGUAGUCUUAAUUCUGACCUUGGGUUCUGCCUCCCAGGAAUGACCAGAGACCAUUGUAACCUGCCUGAUUCAUGCUCACCUGGACCUGUAUAAAACAAACUACUAUCUACUGACUACCAGUUAGCCUGCUGCCAUGCUAGCAUGCUGCUCAGUAUCCGGGGACGUAUCCAUACACACUCACACACACACACACACACACACACACACACACACACACACACACACACACACACACACACACACACACACACACACACACACACACACACACACACACACACACACACACACACACACACACACACACACACACACACACACACACACACAGAGGAAGAGCUGGAGCUGGAGCUGUUCUCCAAGGUCAUUUCAAACCAAUUGAGUAUUACUGAGGAGCUGAACGGUGAAAGCUCACUGCUCGUGCUGAUGAAGUCAAUGAUAGCAGAGGAGUCUGGGCUAAAAGCAGUGUUGAUUACACACACAUACAUUAUGCUGCCCUCCAUGGUUUGAGCAGAAGUUCCUGCAGGACUUCCAGUUUUAUCUACUCUGGUCUUGUCUCUCUCUCUAUGUCUCCACGUCCAGUCUCACUCUCCAUCGGCAGUUACUCUCUCACUCUCUAUGUCUCCACGUCCAGUCUCACUCUCCAUCGGCAGUUACUCUCUCACUCUCUAUGUCUCCACGUCCAGUCUCACUCUCCAUCGGCAGUUACUCUCUCACUCUCUAUGUCUCCACGUCCAGUCUCACUCUCCAUCGGCAGUUACUCUCUCACUCUCUAUGUCUCCACGUCCAGUCUCACUCUCCAUCGGCAGUUACUCUCUCACUCUCUAUGUCUCCACGUCCAGUCUCACUCUCCAUCGGCAGUUACUCUCUCACUCUCUAUGUCUCCACGUCCAGUCUCACUCUCCAUCGGCAGUUACUCUCUCACUCUCUAUGUCUCCACGUCCAGUCUCACUCUCCAUCGGCAGUUACUCUCUCACUCUCUAUGUCUCCACGUCCAGUCUCACUCUCCAUCGGCAGUUACUCUCUCACUCUCUAUGUCUCCACGUCCAGUCUCACUCUCCAUCGGCAGUUACUCUCUCACUCUCUAUGUCUCCACGUCCAGUCUCACUCUCCAUCGGUAGUUACUCUCUCACUCUCUAUGUCUCCACGUCCAGUCUCACUCUCCAUCGGUAGUUACUCUCUCACUCUCUAUGUCUCCACGUCCAGUCUCA